CGCGGCGUCUGUUCAAGAUCCAGUCCGGCGAGCUCGCGUCGCCAGCUGCGAGUUCCAAUUCCGGUCGUUCGGCAACCAUGGGCUGGCAAGCUCCGCCAUACAUACACUAGAGUACAGCCGUUCUCGACACAGCCAUCAUGCAGCUCUGGCGCGCCCUCGUCGUCGCCAUCGCCGCCACCGACGCGGCCCAAUGCCCCGCCAACAUGCAGCCCGUGAGCGUCUUGGGCCUCGCCGACGUCCAGUGCGUCGCGUCCACGCCGUGCUCUGGCAUCUACGCCGCCGCCGGCACGGCGGUUGGAUCGUGCCCGGUGGGUUCCUACUGCAGCGUGUUUCCUGACAAUGAGCUCGUCAUGGUCAUGCGCUGUGCGACCGACGGGUACCCGGGUGCCAUCUCCCUCAACGCCGACGGCUCCAUGCACCGCCCAACAACGUCCGUCCCCGGCACGACGCCACCCUCCACGGUGAGCCCAAGCAUGACGCCAUCGAUCUCCACGCUGCCGCCAAGCUCGUCGACACCAAGCGCCACGUCGCUCUCGCCAAAUGCAACGACGUUCUCGCCCAGCAGCAACCGCAGUUCGGCGCCUCCGCUGACCGAGCCAAUCACUGUGACGCCCGAACCGUCGUCGAUCGUCAUUCCCGUGCAGCCAACGACGGCUCCGACUUCGGCCAACCAGUCGGCCGAGACGCCUCGCACCGACACGGCGUCCAGCAGCGGUCUUGGUGCAUCGGCGGUCAUCGGGAUUUGCAUUGGCGCCGUAGCGCUGGUGGCCAUUGCGAUUGGCGUCCGCGUCGUCCACGGGCAAAAGCAACCGGUGGCGGACACCGCGGUUGAGACCCAAGCCGAAGGGUAUACGCUCACGCCUCGACGCCACGUCGUGUUGCUUUAAGCUGACGACGCUCUACAAUGUACAGUGGUGGGAUAUAAUCUAGUAGGCAGAGUAUUUGUGGCGUG